AUGACACCACGUACGAGAUCGGGAGGUGCAGCGCCUCCAUCCAGCAUCGUUUACAAAUCGACACCCACGCUCAGACAAACUCAGUUUCCUGCUCGACGAAGGAGGGUCCGCACAUAUGGCAAGCGAAGUCGCAGAAGUUUGGGGGGCGAAGACGAGGAAGAGGAUGAGGAGGGCAGCAGCGCGCAUCCGACACCGAACCUGAAACAAAAGACGCUGACGCAGUAUGAAUUUGCCUCGAGCAGCCUCAACCCAGAGAGCGUGGUGGAGCUUUCUGAUGCGAGCGACGUCGAGGAGUUGGAAAAGGUCGAGGACGCUGGCGACGCGGAAAAGGAGAAUAAUGUGCCGAAAGGCACGAAGCGGAGGCGAUCAGCUACGGCGGCGCGCGCGCCGCUACAUCCUAUACUUGAUCUGGAGGAGGGAGGGGAAGAAGAAGGAGAAAAAGAAGAAGAGGAGCUACGAGUGCCAGAUACGGAGGCAGAAGAGGAAGAGGACGAAGAAGAAGGCGACGAAGGGCCUAUCGUGAGGGGGCGUCGCCGGGUGGGGUUCACAAGCACAGCAAAGGCAAAGCGCAGACGGACACUGGGCGAAGAGCACCGUAUGAGCACCAUGAAAGAAAGCAGGGCAUCGCGAAGGAGGACGCUAGGCGACUCGCCAAUUGCCGGGCCCUCCAAAUCUCGAUAUCACACGCAGACCUUGACUCAGUUUAUCGGCCGCAAAACGUCCUUUGUCGUCGCCGACUCGGACGACGAAGAGCUGGCCAGCCCAGAGAAUGAUGGCUUCCUGGAAUGGCUUGGUGCGGAGGAGGAUGAGCCACAGAGCCCGAGCAUGGGCACACAGGCGAGCAAAAGAGGAGGCAAAGCUGCGGCUGCUGCUGCUGCUGCUGCUUCUCCCGCACCCGUCGUCUGGGAGGACCACCACAGCCCCUCGCCGCGCCGCAACGUCAGAAGACCAAGACCAGCGACGACUACACAAGCGGGAGGUGAGCAGUCGCGCGAAGAGUCGGUCGUGCCGCAGACGCCCAUCAAGAGUAUCCGCUUCGACCUGCCGCCUUCUGCGCAGCACAUGAUCACCUCGCCGUCGCCGACACGCAUGGCCGCCAUCUAUGGCGCGCCCAAUGCGGACGCAUCGCCGUCGUCUCAACGACAGAGGAAGCAGAAGAAGCAGAAGCAGAGCCCGCUGAAGCCGCUUGCUGAAUUAAUGGGCCAGCCGAGGAAGCGCCGUGUUAGCAGCAGCAGUAGCGCGACCAAGAAGCCAGAGCUCGUGAUUGAGGACUCGUACGCCACAGAAGGCGGCUGGAGCUCCGUCGGGGGAACGCAGGCGCGCCUCGGCACGCCGUCGCAGACGCAGACGGAGGUCUUUAGCACGCCGGCGGAGGAGAUGACAUCGCAGCAGCCUCCUGCUGCAGGAACUGCAUCGGCCUCGGCCAGCAAGAAGAAAGGCAAGGAAGCUGCACCGGCCCCGCCACAUACGCAGAGCCAGGACGGGCAGGCUGAGGAGCAGCAGUUCUACGGCGCCCUAUCCCAGGUUGUUCAGGACAGCGCCGCCGCGAGCCAGCAACCUGUACCGGCAACGCCCAAGAAAGCCGCACAACCCGCAGAAGAAGAAGAAGCAGCAGCUACCGUCAGCGAGGAGCGAGAGAUUCCAGACUCGGACGACGAAGAUGUUGGCUUUGGCGCGGAGAGCGACGAUGCCGGUGACGAGGCCGAAGAGUCGCGCUUCGCAGCCGGCGCCGAGACGCAGCUCCUCAUGGACCAGCUUCAGUCCAGUGUCCGUAAAUGGAGCGGCGUGCCGCGUGCCGGCCACGCGUCGUCAUCGUCGGUGGCAUCGCCCCAUCCCCCUCGCACCUCGAGUCCCGUUCCAUCGCCCACGUCCGCCGCCACGCCGGCCUCUGCACCUCCCUCGUCCUCCCUCAAGCCUCUGCCCACGACGACGACGAAGCCCAAGCAGCAGCAGCCGCCGCCUCCGCCACGUCCUGCUGCCAUCGUCGCGCACGACAUCCCAGUCACGCACCGCCCAGGCAGCACGCCGCUCCGCAAACCCCUCCACCGCCCACAGGAGCCGCUGGACACGCAAGGCCUGCCGCUGAUCGAGUCGCAGCGCGUCGCCCUCGCCACGCUGCAGGGCUUCACGCCUGCCUCGGCGCGCACCGACAUUCUCCUGCCGCUGUCUGACCUCACGCUCGCCAACCUACUCUCCGGGCACCAAGACGCCGUCAUCUUGCCCUUUAAAAUCCCCGCGCAGGUGGUGCGCUUCUGGCUCCUCCACGACGGCGUCCUGCGGUACCUCGCCUGCGUUGCUGGCGACCACGACCACGACCACGACCCGAAGCAGGAAAAUGGCUGCGGCGGCCACGGCACCUGGACGUACCGCGUCGGCCAGGUCUACGAGCUCAACAACCCCAUGCAAGAGGAGGACAUGCGCGCCGAGGACUGGAUCCACGGCCGCGUGAACCGCUACGUCUACUUUCCGCCGGCGGUCGUCAGCCAGCUGCUCUGGAACCUCCGCCACGCCGUCUUCCCGGACCCUGCUGACGACGAGGCGGCCGCGGCCACUACCCCGGCGCGCCACACGCUCACCUCGUCGUCGCCGCUGCGGCGGUCCUCUAGGCUGUCGACGCCAGGGAGGACGAGAACAGGCCAUCCGAUGAGCUCCCCCUCCCCGCUGCAGCACGCGAGACCGCCUGCAUCGACGAUGCCCGCGCCGCCGCCGCCUGCCCGGCCCAGCGGCGCGGGGGCCAGGAAGCACCACACGCAGCAGGCCCUCAUGCAACCUCCUUCGCAGUCCUUUGUGCGUCCAUCACAAGCUACCACGGCCUCGCAGACGUCGACCGUUGUCGACAUCCCUUCGUCCCUGGCAAAGACGACAACAGCCGCACCGGCCGUCAUUCCCCGUGCUGGGGACGAGUCGUCCGAGAGCCUAGUCUUUGACGACCACGGCGGGUCGUCGAUCCCGAUGCCCUACAGCAGCGGCGCUUACUCGGGCCUGGCGAACCUCGAGGCCUCGCAGCUUCUGACCAAGAGCCAGAUACUACCCGACAGUCUCAUCCAGGAUGAGGAGCAUGCGCCACCGGAUGAGAUCUGGGACUCGGAGGAGGAGUAA